AUGUUGCUUUCUCCAGUGUUUUCGUUAGUACUCAUAGGAAACUUGAAACUUGUUCCUCAUGGUAACACCAAGGACGCCGAAAUACAGGAAAUAUUUCAAGUUAUCGAUUUUGUCUAUUUGAACAAAUUAGAAUAUAAAUUACCUAUUUAUGCCGCAGUAAACUUAAAAAAAGUCCCAUGCUUUGCUGCAGGUUUAAAACAGAAUGACGAAAACAGCAAAGAUGAAAAAAUCCAACAACAGCUACAUGAAAUAAAAGAACAGUUAAAUACAGUCAGCUUAGGAAUAAAUAAACAGAAUAUGGUUUACUCGGCGGUGACAGCAAAAAAUGUCAAUCCUAAAUUGAAUGAGAUUCAAAGUCCUCGUUCUCUCCCAAGAAAUCCAGCUGUUCGGAUACAAAUACCCCCAACUGCACAACAAUAUCAGCCACAUCCUUCCUCAUCAUUAGGACCUCUUACUCAUCAGCAACAUCAGUUUCCAUCAGCAAUUCAACAAAAAAAUCCUUUUUCAAUUGUCUCGAAAAAGAAACGUCAAAUUAAAAACAUUAGAGGAACCAACAGCACUGGCAUGUGCCCAAAUAAGCUGGGGCAAUUGUUAAAAAAAAAAUACUUGGAAACAAAUAAAUUUAAAGUAAUCAGUUGUUUUGAGGCAAAGUCUCAUCUGGGAAAAGGCUUCAGAAUAUGUAUUGACAUCAAUAAUUCAGAUAGCACUUUCACAGAUUCUGCUCUCUGGGAUGAGGACACAAUCAUUCGUGAGUGGGUCUUCUAA